AUGUUGCGCUCCUACAUGGGCCUGAGCAGAGCCCGCGCUCCAGCUCUGCGCCAAUCGAUCUCCAGUCGCGCUUUGAAAUCGAACUCUGCGAUCCCUCAAAUAUACAAGGCGACUCGAUUGGCCUCGACCGUGACAAAUAUCGACAGCUUCCCAAAGAUUGGCGAGAAGCUCCAUGGUUUCACUGUUCGAGAGAAACAGCACGUUCCAGAGCUACACUUGACCGCAGUCCGAUUGACUCAUGACAAGACCGAGGCCGACUACUUGCAUGUCGCGAGAGAUGACAAGAAUAAUGUUUUUGGUAUUGGCUUCAAAACGAAUCCUCCCGACGCCACUGGUGUCCCGCAUAUUCUGGAGCACACAACGCUAUGCGGCAGCGAGAAAUUCCCUAUUCGCGAUCCAUUUUUCAAGAUGCUUCCACGAUCCCUGUCAAAUUUUAUGAAUGCAUUUACCGCCUCUGAUCACACCACAUAUCCCUUCGCCACGACAAACCAGCAAGAUUUCCAGAAUCUCCUGUCCGUGUAUCUCGAUGCGACCCUGCACCCGCUUCUCAAGGAGGAAGAUUUCCGCCAGGAAGGAUGGCGACUUGGCCCCGAGGACCCACGCGCUCUACAAUCGGCCCCCGGGGAAGCCGAGAAAAAGGCGCAACUGGAUGAUAUCGUUUUCAAGGGUGUUGUGUACAAUGAGAUGAAGGGUCAAAUCUCGGAUGCCAACUACCUGUACUACAUCAAGUUCAAAGAGAACAUCAUCCCGGCUCUCAACAACUCCGGGGGUGAUCCGGAAUACAUCACUGAUCUCACACACAAGCAGCUGAGUGACUUUUCUAAGCGCAACUACCACCCAAGCAACUCCAAAAUCUUGACAUAUGGAGACAUGCCUUUGGAGCGUCAUUUGGAACAGGUUGGAGCAGUUCUGGAUGGGUUUGACAAGGGUCAAAUCGAUACCGAUAUCAAGCAACCCGUGAGCCUUAGCAAUGGCCCCGUCAACGUCACUGUGCCUGGUCCCAUCGAUACCUUCUCCAGCGAGGACAAGCAGCACAAGACAUCCACUUCAUGGUACAUGGGUGAUUCCACCGACAUUGUCGAGACUUUCUCUGUCGGAAUAGUUUCGUCGCUUUUCCUUGAUGGAUAUGGUUCUCCCAUGUAUCGUGCGCUCAUCGAGAGCGGCCUGGGAUCGUCCUUCACCCCCAAUACCGGUCUGGAUAACUCGGGCAAGACCCCUGUAUUUUCCAUUGGUGUCACCGGUGUGAGUGAGGCAGAGGCUCCUGCUGUGAAACAAGCUGUUCAGAAUGCAUUCCGCGAAUCCGUCUCCGCGGGCUUCAGCGGGGAGAAGGUGCGCGGCUUCCUGCACCAGCUUGAGCUUUCCUUGCGCCACAAGACCGCCAACUUUGGAAUUGGCGUAAUGGAGAAGACUAUCUCGUCUUGGCUUAAUGGCUCAAACCCCAUGAAAGAAUUGGCUUGGAAUGAGGUCAUUGGAGAGUUCAAGAGGCGCUACGAGAAGCCUGGUUACCUCGAGUCUCUGGUUGAGAAGUACCUCCUUAAUGACCAGUGUAUGACAUUUACCAUGGUGGGAACUCCUACCUUCAACAAGGAUUUGGAUGACAAGGAGGCCGUUCGCCGUCAAACCAAAUUGUCGCAACUCAUCGAACAGCAUGGCUCGGUUGAGAAUGCCGUUGCCAAGUUGAGCGAAGAGGAACUGCAACUCCUAAAGGUACAAGAAGAUGCACACAAUGCCGAUCUCAGCUGCCUUCCGACAGUGCGUGUGAAGGAUAUCUCGCGGGAGAAGGAGCGCAAGCCUGUGCGCGAGUCGAAGGUCGACGAUACUGAAGUUGUAUGGCGCGAGGCCCCGACCAACGGUCUGACCUACUUCCAGGCUGUCAACGCCUUUGACGACCUUCCUGAUGAUCUUCGCCUUUUGAUGCCCCUCUUCAAUGAUUGCGUUAUGCGCUUGGGCACAGCUAGCCGAUCCAUGGAGCAAUGGGAGGACCUGAUCAAAUUGAAGACUGGUGGAAUUUCCACCUCUUCUUUCCUUGUUAACUCCCCAACUCACUUGGAUCAGUUCAAGGAGGGCCUGCAGUUCACCGGUUACGCUCUAGACCAGAACAUCCCCGAGAUGCUGGAAAUGCUCUCGGCUCUGGUCAUGGAGACUGAUUUUACUAGCCCUGCUGCCCCCGCAAUGAUCCAAGAGCUCCUGCGCUUGACUACGAACGGAGCGCUGGAUUCUGUUGCUGGCACUGGCCAUCGAUUUGCAGUCAAUGCAGCCGCCGCUAAUUUGUCUCGUAGCUUGUGGAUCCAGGAACAGCAAUCUGGUCUGGAACAACUACAAGCCACAGCCAACCUUCUCCGUGACGCUGAGUCCUCCCCAGAGCGUUUACAGGAGCUGAUUGAGAAGCUUCGCCUCAUCCAGGCGUUUGCCAUUUCCAAGACUUCCAACCUACGAGUGCGUAUGGUUUGUGAGCCCGAAAGCGCUACUCGGAACGAGUCUGUUCUGCAGAAGUGGUUGUCUGGGCUGCCCAAGUCUUUCUCCCCAAGUGGAUCUGGAUCUGCUUCCUCUUUCAAGUCUGUUGACAAGGCACUAUAUGACCUGCCCUACAAGGUCUACUACUCUGGCCAGGCUAGCCAGACUGUGCCAUUCGUCGACUCAUCUAGUGCACCCCUUACUGUUCUCUCCCAACUUUUGACCCACAACUACUUGCACCCCGAGAUCCGCGAGAAGGGCGGUGCAUACGGUGCCGGUGCUAGCAACGGACCCAUCAAGGGUAUUUUCACCUUUAUGAGCUACCGGGAUCCCAACCCCAUGAACUCUCUCAAGGUUUUCCAGAACAGUGGAAUCUUCGCUAGAGACCGCGCCUGGUCUGAACGCGAAAUCGAGGAGGCUAAGCUUGGUAUCUUCCAAGGCCUCGAUGCCCCCAUGAGUGUCGAUGAUGAAGGCGCUCGCUACUUCCUGAGCGGUGUCACCCAUGAAAUGGACCAGAAGUGGAGAGAACAGGUCCUGGAUGUCACCGCCAAGGAUGUCAAUGAGGUCGCCGACCGCUUCCUUGUCAAUGGAUCGCAGAAGUCUACUUGUGUCCUUGGCGAGAAGAAGGACUGGGCUGACGCUAGCUGGGAGGUACGCAAGCUGUCUAUGGGUCAGCAGGAAGGUGCGGCUCCCGCGGCUUAG